UCAGUUCCCAAUACUACUCUACAUGCUGUUUAUAUGUUUUAAAAUCGCAUGAAUGCCGCGGUCAAAUCAACGUGUUUAUAAUAUUCAAUUUGAUAAUUGUAAAAGUGUAGUAUAAUGGUUCAUCAGUUCAAAUUAUAAAAUUAUAUUCUAAUAUUCAACGCAUAUUUGUAAAUUAUAAACGUUAGCAGUGUAAGUUACUAGUUAAAAGAUAAAAAAACUAUUUAUAGUAAAAAAAACACGUCGGUUAAAUUUUUAUUUAUAGGUUAUCUUAACCCGUCAAUAUCAUUAUUUUAUGAUGGCAGAAUCUAGUGGAGAUGCUAUUCCAAUCCAAAAUUAUCAGGAAGAUGUUGUAGUUGUUCCAAUCGAUGUUCAUCAACGUCAUAAUUGUCAAGUCAGUCAGAUUUUUGAUCCAGACAAGGCAUCAAAAAUUGCAGAAGCACAGCCAAACAAUGUUAAACCUAAAAAAUCGCGAGCUGAGUAUUUUCGAGAGUACAGAGCUCGGAAGAAAAUUCGCCUUCAAUCAACUAGUGGUACUUCUUCAAUUAUCCGUAAAGAAGGUAAUAUUUUAAUAGCUGGUGGUAAUUUAAAUAAUCCGUUUGAAUUUAUUGGAUUACCUUCUCAAGACAUCAAGACCACACGUAAAAAAAACAAGACUGAGUAUAUGCGAAAGUACAGAGCUCGGAAGAAAAUUAGCAUUCAAUCCACUAGUGAUACUUCUCCAAUUGUCAUUAAAGAAGAUGGUAUUUUACAUGCUGAUAAUGAUUCAAAUGAUCCGAAUGAAGCUGUCGGAUUACCUUGUCAAGACAUGGACUCCGUACGCAGAAAAAUACUAAAUCAGUAUACGCGAGAGUACAGAGCCCGAAAAAAAAAUCUCAAUCAAUCAACCAGCGAUCCUUUGGUUAUCUCUCAACAAGGAAAUGAUAUUUCACAAGAUAGUGAUGAUUCAAACAAUGUACAUAAAGUUGUUGAUUUACCUUACUCUGACUGGAAGGUAGCAUGUAGGAAAAUACGAGCUGAGUAUAUGCGAGGGUACAGAGCCCGGAAAAAAAUUCACGUUCAAUCAACUAGUGAUACUUCUUCAGUUGUCCAUCAUCGUGGAGAUGAUAUUAGCUUUCAAACUCAUGAUAAUUCAAGUAAUGCGAAUGAAUUAGUCAAAUUAUCUGACCAAGAGAUCAACGCAAUACGUCAAAAAAGAGCAACUGAGCGUACGCAAGAGCACAUUUCCGUUAAUUUAGAACCGGCUCAAGAAUCGCAAAAUCAAGCACCAUAUCUUGACGAAAGUGAAAAUGCUACUUCGUUAUUUAACAGCGAUUUUCACCGUCAUCAGCUUGCUCAUAAAGAAAUAAAAAUGGAAUUUGUGGAAAAUCCAUUUAGUAGCGUUUGUUCAGUUUGUGACGGACUAUGCUAUAAAUAUGAUUUACAACCUCCAUCUUCCGAACACGAAGAUAUUUUGAAAAUUAUAGUUCCACAUGUCGAUAAAGAUGAUAUUUUAAUAUGUAAUACAUGCAGACAAUCUUUGAACAAGAAAAACAUUCGAACCAUGGCUGUUUAUAACGGAUUGGAAUUUCCCCGGAAACCUGAACAUUUACCCUCAGUAGACUUAGUAUCAGAAAGAUUGAUUACGCCACAAAUUCCAUUCAUGCGAAUACGACGACUGAGGCACGUUAGUAUGUCAUUCAUGGUCAAGUAAUUAAUGUUCCAGAUUGUAUCUAUCCGAUGGUCAAUAGUCUCCUCAGAAAUAUUGCUGAUGAUCACUGCAUCAAUGUGGAUGUUAAACGAAAGAAAAUUUAUAAUUCGAGUUAUUUACACGGUAUAGUUAACAAAGGUACCAUAAAGUUUUGGUUGAAAUUUUUAGUGAAAUCUCCACGUUGUACUACGUAUUAUGUAAAAAUUGAUCAGUUUCCUUUCGAUCUUGAUAAUCUAGAAGCAAAGUUUUAUAACGCAUACUCCAGAUUCAAAAGAUAGACCAGUAAUAAUGAUACUUUUGUGAAUGUGCAUAAUUAAAUAAUUUUAGAUUACGAUUUAAAAUAAAAAUUUUGUUUAUAUUGAUACCUUUUUGAUUCUAUCAAUAUUUCAAUAUACAGUUUAAAAUAAUAAUAAUAAUUUAUUUUUAUUUAUUUAACGCUAUCUGCAAUUUACGAUAGUUUAACAUAAUAAUAAUAAUAAUAAUAAUAAUGUAUAGUAUAUAACCGUAAAAUUGCUCGAUUAUAAUUAUCUCAAUGUGCUAAUAACACAAAAUACCAAUUUCCAUAUUAGAGAUCAUUUAACAUUUUGAAACUGCUUUUUUAACCCUUUAGAGUCAGAGGAUCUUAAAACGUCUAUGUGUGAGGCUAGUGGGGAGAACGCGAAUCGUAGAGUCCCGUUGCGUUCAUCGACAGAGCCGCAGUUAGUAUUGUUGACGUGAGGAAAUAGCCUCUGAAAGUAAGGUUAGAAAAAUUUACAAAAUUUCAUACAUUGCUAUGUAAUUGCAAUAUUACUUAACUAUAUUGAUAAUGAAGCUAAAUGCUGUUCUUACUUUGAAUUUAAGUCCUUUGAUAUUCAUAAUUUAAUAAAUUAAAAACAAAAAAUAAAAUUAUUUUUUAUUUCCCGCCCAGGUGAAAUUUUUUCACUUGUAAUACGGCCCUGUCACAUUUGCUUCGCGCUCUUUCUAAUUCUAUCGGGCUCCGCCAGACCGAAGCGUGGGGUUUCAAGGUCAGGCUCUAAAGGGUUAAUAAAAUUGCAUCUUAUUUGAUUUUCUUUCAAACGGUUGAUAAGAAAAGAAAAAGAAUCAAUAUUUAUAUUAGGUGAGCGACAAAAGUUAAUAGUUAACAAAUGUUUUUAGCCGAUGCAUCUGGAAGGAUUGCUUUAAUAUUAAUUUUCAAUAUCCAAUCUCCAAGUAUCAGAAUUUUUAAAUCAUUUUUUUUAUGAGUAAGGUAAAGUACCCAGUAGUUGAACAGGUUUCAAAGUAAAACGUAUUUGACCUUACUUUUAAUACAUAAAGUUGUAAUUAUUAGUUCAAAGUGGUGAUUUUCAUGAAAAUAUAAAAAAUUUUGAAUCGAUUAAAGCACAAAGUAACGCAGAUAAUUGAAUAUUUAUAUUUUGAUAACGGUUUUAAGAUAGACUAUAAAAGGAGUAGUUCUUGAACAAUCAACUCUGACAAGCCGCAGUAGUUGAACACUCCGGGAGUAGUAGUUGAACUAAUAAAAUAUAUGGCAACCAGGCACACCAAAAUUUUUCAACGUUUUAUUGAAAUAUUAAAAGAAUUAUAACAUAUUAUUAAAUAAUAUUAAAAAUAAUACUGUGAAUACUUAAUAUGAUCAUUAAAAAAUGAGAAAUAUUUGUAUUAAAUUAUUUAAUUACAUUUUUUAUUACUAAUGAAUUUAUUUAUUUAAUAUUUAACAAACUUGAUUGUAAAUUUUACCAAUUGUAACUGAUUAUUUUUUAUUAAAAAAUAAAUGUUACACGGAAAGAAAAUUAUGGGAAGUGUUCCUACGCAUUAUGGGAUUAGUUCCCAUAAU